UUUUUUGUUUGGGGUUUCCUUCCCUCAACAUUGUCACAAGUUUCAAUUCCUCUUAAAUUAUCCACAAAAAAAGUUGAGGGGAUAGGGAGCGAGAGAGAUAUGGCGAUGGUGGCCUCGAACCUGGGAGCCUAUCAGAAGACACCGGCGCUUCAAGUGAUUUGCAGAAAGAAAGAACGAGAUAGAGACCAGUUUCACCCCUACAAAGUCAUCGAAAUCUCGCCUCCCCCCAAAAACCUCGGAAUUCGUUGCUUUCCCUCUAACCUGCAAUGUGGGGAGAGUGUGACAAUUGAAGGCCAAGCAUAUACCAUCUCAGCCGUGACUCAACGGUAUCAGCUUCGGAAGGGUAAGUAUGAACCUAGUGAGAAGAGGCUUGAUGUCUUGUCCUCUGGGAGAUACAUUUUAAACUUAUAUCUCAAAAAUUUACUUGAUCAAUCCUAAUAUCUCUAAGAAAUUCAUAUUCAACAUCGCACUGUAAUGCAUUGAUCAUGUUACAGAUUUCCUGAACUUCAUUAUUGCAGCAUGAACUAGUCCUUUUAGGUCUGAUUACAGAGGCUCUGUAUUUCUUUGUCAAUGACAUUGUUGUACAAGUGAACUGUGAAGUCAUAUGGAUAAAACCAACACUUCUUAGAAUCUAGAUUGGUUGGUGUA